AUGCGAAACGCUACCGUGCUAGUUGUUCGCCUACGGGGUGUUGCGACAGAGACUAUCAAGAAUAUCGUACUCGCUGGGAUUGGCAAACUCAUUGUUAUAGACGAUGCAAUAGUUCAGCCCGAGGAUCUCAACGCCGGUUUCUUCUUCCGUGACGAGGACAUAAACGCGAAGAAACGCGUCGAUGCCGCCAAACCGCAUAUACAGUCUCUCAACCCACUCGUGGCCGUCGAGGUCUCGCAUGAUCUCUCAAUUCUUACAAAUGAAGACACUCUGACAGAGCUACUUCGUGAAGUCGAUUUGGUGUGCUUGACGGAUACAGAUCAGGCAACGGCGAUACGCGUCAACGAAGUAUCCAGAAAGCUAGGUAAAAAUUCUACUGUGGCGGCUCUUUUGGGCUAUCUGGCUAUGUGUUUUGCGAUCUGGGCGAGCAUCAGCAUGUUGCGGCCUAAGGAAGGCGCCACCUCUCGGCUUGAACAGUUCAAGACGUCCUAUCCACCACUUUCUCGAGCCCUGCAGCAUUCAUGGAAGGAUACCACAAGUAACGCGACCAAGGUUCUUCGACCAACGACUGUCUUCUCCAUUCUUGCUUGUUGGGAAUACCAAACCCAACAUGGCAAGCCGCCAUCUUCCGAGAGCGCUGCAAACGAUCUCGAGUCUAUAGCAAACCGACUCCUCCGCAAGGGCCAGGUACGACAAAAGGUUUGCACGUCGGUACCACGGGAAAUGAUAGAGGCUGCGCUAGAAUGGUCCCCCAGCUGUGCCGUGGUGGGCGGGAUGCUUGGACAAGACAUUCUCAAAGCAUUAGCCGCACGCGAGCCGCCAAUGGCAAACUUUUUCUUCUUUGAUGGGCAAACGUGCAACGGAACCGUUGUCAGAAUGUCAAUGGAUGCAGCUCCACAACCAGCACCUCCGCCGUUGUCGUCGGCUGGGGUAGCCGAGACGACAGUCCUCGAAAUUGACUGA